ACUAGGAAACCUUAUGUGGUGGCCCGAAAUUAUGUGUUAAUAGAAUUCGAGAAUUAGACCAACGACCCGCGAUUCUCUUCAACUUUCACCCUCAACCCAAGCCGUCUCACCGCCCACCAUGAGCUACGGCAAGAAAGAUGAAGAUGCCGACCUCGGCCUGGUCAAGGUCGACCGCACUCAAGUUUUCCAAGAAGCUCGAUUGUUCAACAGCUCCCCUAUCCAGCCCCGAAGAUGUCGCAUUCUCUUGACCAAGAUUGCUCUCCUAUUAUAUACCGGGGAGAAGUUCCCAACGAAUGAAGCCACCACUCUGUUCUUCGGUAUUUCGAAGCUAUUCCAAAAUAAAGAUGCCAGCUUGCGACAGAUGGUCCACCUGGUCAUUAAGGAGAUUGCCCACUCCGCGGAGGAUAUCAUCAUGGUCACGAGCACCAUAAUGAAGGACACGGGUGGUAGCACCGACGCAAUCUACAGACCAAAUGCUAUACGAGCUCUGUGUCGCAUUAUUGACGCGACCACCGUCCAAUCGAUCGAGCGUGUGAUGAAGACCGCGAUCGUCGACAAGAAUCCUUCAGUAUCCUCCGCCGCCCUCGUAUCCUCCUACCACCUCCUACCUAUCGCUAAAGAUGUCGUUCGACGAUGGCAGUCUGAAACUCAGGAGGCUGCAGCUUCGACCAAGUCCUCGGGUGGCUUCUCCCUAGGGUUCUCCUCUUCUUCAGCCUCCCUUCCGGUCAACAACUCUACUAUGACCCAAUACCACGCCAUUGGUCUCCUCUACCAAAUGCGGGCCCACGAUAGGAUGGCUCUCGUCAAGAUGGUGCAACAAUUCGGUGCUGCCGGUGCUGUCAAGAGCCCUGCUGCCAUAGUGAUGCUGGUGAGGUUAGCUGCGCAAUUGGCUGAGGAGGAUCAAUCGCUCAGGAAGCCUAUGAUGCAGCUAUUGGACGGAUGGUUGAGGCACAAGAGCGAAAUGGUCAACUUCGAGGCUGCAAAGGCGAUCUGUGAUAUAAGAGACGUUACGGAUGCCGAGGUCACUCAAGCUGUCCAUGUGUUGCAGCUUUUCCUUUCUUCGCCUCGUGCCGUUACUAAAUUCGCUGCUCUCCGAAUUCUACACAACUUCGCGUCCUUCAAACCACAGGCGGUCAACGUUUGCAACCCUGAUAUCGAGGCGCUUAUCUCGAAUAGUAACCGGUCAAUCGCUACGUUUGCUAUCACCACGCUCCUAAAGACCGGUAACGAAGCUAGUGUGGACCGAUUGAUGAAGCAGAUCACUGGGUUUAUGUCCGAAAUCACGGAUGAAUUCAAGAUCACUAUUGUCGAAGCUAUCCGAACCCUGUGCCUCAAGUUCCCAAGCAAACAGGCUGGCAUGCUUGCUUUCCUCAGCGGCAUUCUACGCGACGAAGGGGGCUACGAGUUCAAGCGGGCUGUAGUAGAAAGCAUGUUCGAUCUCAUCAAGUUUGUGCCAGACUCCAAGGAGGACGCUCUCGCCCACCUCUGCGAGUUCAUCGAAGACUGCGAGUUUACCAAGUUGGCUGUUCGUAUCCUGCACUUGCUCGGUUUAGAAGGGCCCAAGACCUCUCAACCUACGAAGUAUAUUCGAUAUAUUUACAAUCGAGUUGUUCUCGAGAACGCCAUCGUGAGAGCGGCAGCUGUAACUGCUCUUGCCAAAUUUGGUGUUGGGCAGAAGGACCCCGAGGUGAAACGCAGUGUCGAUGUUCUAUUAACUCGAUGUUUGGAUGAUGUUGAUGAUGAAGUUCGCGACCGCGCUGCGCUUAACCUUAGAUUAAUGCACGAGGAAGACGACCUAGGUGACCGCUUCAUCAAGAACGAAAACAUGUUCUCUCUUCCUUACUUCGAACACCAGCUUGUCAUGUAUGUGACCUCGGAUGACAAGUCGGCUUUCGAGACUCCUUUCGAUAUCAGCCAGAUCCCGGUCGUCACCCGGGAACAAGCAGAUGCCGAGGACAGGACGAAGAAGCUUACGGCAACUACACCAUCUUUGAAGCCGCCCAAGACAGGACCCACAAAGGCGGCAGCGACAGGCGCCGAGGCCCAAGCUUCGGCGGUUGCUGCGGCUCAGAAAUAUGCCCAAGAGCUUAUGGCGAUCCCGGAAAUGAAGGAAUUUGGCAGCGUCCUCAAGUCAUCGCCUGUCGUUGAACUGACCGAAGCCGAGACAGAAUAUGCCGUAUCUGUUGUCAAACAUAUCUUCAAGGAGCACAUCGUACUCCAAUAUGAGGUUAAGAACACCCUUGAAGCGACAGUCCUCGAAAAUGUGUCGAUUGUGGCCACUCCCUCUGAUGAGGAAGAACUGGAGGAAGUAUUCAUUAUCCAAGCAGAGAAACUUGCUACAGGCGAACCCGGAAAGAUAUAUGUAGCCUUCAAGAAAAUCGGCGGCGAGGGAUCAUUACCUACUGCCACUUUCUCCAACAUACUCAAGUUCACGAGCAAGGAGAUCGACCCUACUACAAACGAACCUGAGGAGAGCGGCUACGAAGAUGAAUACGAAGUGGCGGACUUUGACCUGGCGGGUAGCGACUACGUGAUACCCACAUUCGCAGGCAAUUUCAACCAUGUGUGGGAGCAAGUAGGCGCCGCUGGCGAAGAGGCCGAGGAGACAUUGCAAUUAUCAGGAGUCAACAGCAUUGCAGACGCUACGGAACAACUCGCCAAGACACUUUCAUUACAACCGCUAGAAGGCACAGACGUACCGGUCAACCAGACAACGCAUCAACUGAAGCUUCUUGGCAAGACGGUCAAUGGUGGAAGGGUGGUAGCCAAUGUCAGGAUGGCAUACUCAUCCAAGUCGGGCGUUACAACCAAGAUCACAGUACGCAGCGAAGAGGAGAACGUGGCUGCGAUGGUAGUAGCGUCCGUGGCAUAAUAGUGAAGGUUUCUGGAAAGGCGUUUCUGCAAAAAAUGACGAGCGAUGUCCUUUCGGUUUUGAGGGUAUCUCACCGGUCUGCAUAUUUUUAGAGAAUGGAGAAAGGGGCGGCUGGCAGGACUUGUGUUGACCCGAGUUGAGAUGAGAUAAGGACGGAAUCCCCAGUGUUCAUAAGAGAAGAGAAGGGAAGGAGAACGAUGCGGUAGGCCUUUGAGUGCCAGAGCAAACCCAGAAUAUGAAUUGGUCAAUAUAAAUUUGAUUUGAUUCAUAUAUGGGAUGAUUUGAAUCAAUUCGAACAUUGAGGUUAUACACUGACAAGGAUAACAGGGGUUGACGGGGUUGAUAGGGUCACAGGGGUUGCGAUAGCGCGAACUUUGGGGACCCUUGUACCCCAUUAACACGUCAGACGCGCAAAUCAGUCGCGCUAAUUGGAAUCCACUAAAAUUCUUGAAGAUGGGU